AUGUCUCUGACUAUCUCGGAGGACAACCCUUUUCAAGUCUUGAUUACAGAGACGAAUAACGAUGUGGCUGAAUUGCAAUCGCGCUACGAGAAACACCGAACUACUAGAAAUGAGCAACAGAGAGACAAGACCCUAAGGGAAGACUUUCCCGGCUGGACUGUGGAUAAUAUCCUUACGCGACUCGAUGGCGCCGCUAAAGAGGAAGGAUUUCUGGAUCCCCGCAAUUGCCUUGUCAUUUGGGCUAGGCCUCCUUCGCACAUCUGCGACCUGAUAUCUGCUGUGCAAACCGAAUUGAAGGCAGUUGCCCCAUCACUAUGGCUCAUGCCUCUCGAAAAUAUGCACACCACGGUCUUGGAAGUGGCUCAUUCUUUGACGGAAGCGCAAAUUGAAGACCUUGUCCAGACUCUCAAGUCUUCGACAAAGAUCACUCAAGCGCAGAUCGCAGAGCAUCCACUAAGUCACCGAUCCCGUCUUUUGAAGCCUAUGGUGAGCUUCGACUCAUCUGCCAUGGCGCUGAGCUUUGCGCCCGCCGCAGGUGAGGCUUCGACUGUGCAGUCCCAUGGCCAUGAUCAUCAAUAUACGUACCAUCAUCUCCGUCGGGAUAUAUUUGAAAAGGUUCGACAGACUGGUAUUCCCGUUGCCUCGCGCUACAUCGUUCCGUCGGCACAUAUCACUAUCGCUCGCUUCAUCACCCAGGAAGGGUUCCAGGUCACCGGAAAAGACUCCUCAGUACAAGUGGACCACUCCCGUGUGAAGCUGCUUGUUGAUAAAAUUACUGAUAUCAAUGAGAGAAUGAAAAGCAUGUACUGGCCUCAGCCUGAUGGCACUCAGCCUGAAGAGGGUGAAUGGGUGGUUGGGCAGAAUAAGCUGGUGAUUCGCAGGGACGACUUUGGUAUGGAGGAGAAUUAG